AUGAUGGAAAGGGAAUCCUUGAACCUCAGAUAUUGGGAGAUUACUGUGGCAAACUAUAUGACUGACAGUGAUGGAUCCAUCAACAGCUCUGAGCAUUGGGAACCUUACACUAUCUCCUCUCCAUGGGACCACUCCCAGGCAUCCCAAGACAGGAGAAGCGAUCUAUCUACAGGAGUCUGCAGUUGCGUCGGCAGCGGAAGUGGUAGCCCUCGUGUAAAGCCCUCCUCGUGUGAAGACCUACCUGGGCAAAGACCAGCGAGUCUACCUGUGCAAGUCCAUCGAGCAAGGACACAGACAAGACCAUGUACACGAUAUCGAUGCAAGACCAAACGCAACCCACACAACCUACGGCCACUUUGCACUUCAGCACCUGCUCCGCUCUCUUUCUCAGUGGGACUCUGCAACAUUCCAGCCUUUGACACGCAGUUCACCCUCAGCAUCCUGGCACUGACAGAAACAUGGAUACAUCCAGAGGAUACAGCAACACCUGCUGCUCUCUCCAACAACUUCUCCUUCUCUCACACCCCUCGAAACACCAGUAGGGGUGGGGGAACAGGUCAGCUGACAAACUUUCUUGAGGAGUUGGAUGUCCUGCUGUCCUCCUUGCCGGAGGAUGGUAGGCCACUUGUGGUUCUUGGUGAUUUCAACAUACACCAAGACAAGCCCCAGGCCACUGAACUGAAUACUCUCCUGGCCUCAUUUGACUUGGAAAAACUACACACCACAGCAACUCAUAGAUCGGGCAACCAGCUGGAGCUCAUUUUUUCAUGCCAGCACGUGCUACACCACCCAGCCUCUGGCUGUCUGACGUCCUUCGUGAACAUCAGACUGACCUCAGGGCAGCUGAGAGGAGAUGGCAGAAAUCUAAAGAUCCAGCAGAUCUAGAACAAGCUGCUGGAUGACAAUCAGUCAGGCUUCAAAAGUGGACACUCCACCGAGACUGCCCUGCUGUCUGUCACUGUGUCGUUGAGACAGG